AUGGCCCUGCGCUGGCGCCACUGCCGUGGCCAGGCCCAAGUUGUGCGGACCGUUUGCGGCCGCUCUGCCAGUGGCUCGGCCUGUGGCGGCCUCUCCUCCCUGCCGCGUUGCCUGGGCCCGGGCCGUGGCUCGGUGGCCUCUGCUUCAGUGGCAGCGGCCGGGCUCCUCAGCGGCACUGCUCGGGCCGAGCUUCCUCUGCCACCGCGGCUGCUGCUCCUCUGCCCUUCUUCUGCCCCCAGUUUCUGGGGGAGCCCCUCUUUGGUGCAGGCCAACGGCAAGAUCGGGGCUGUUUGGUGGGACGGUGCAACUGUUUUAUCGUCGCCACCGGUGUUCUGCUCCGUGGAUCUUGCGGGAGCAGAAAGGGCCUUGUGCCAGAGGGACACACUCUGCGAUGAUGGGGCACUGCCUCGGCUAGAAGAGAGUGCUGUGGGAAGGCAAGCAAAGGAGCUCUCCAGGCCCCGCCUGGGGGUUGGCAACUAUGGUUCAGGGACUCUCCUCUCUUCCCCGUAUCGGAAGAAGGGAGCGCGGACUCUCUCCAGCUCAUACCCUGAAACCCUCGUGGGUCUGGGAAGUGCCCCGGGAGGCCAAUCCUGUUGGAAAUCGGCUGAGAUUCCAGCUCUCCCGUCCCCACCUGGAGGCUGGCAACCGCGGCCCAUAGGCGCCCCUGCCCUCCAGCCCCGCUGGAGGCUGGCAACGGCAGCGGCGCGCUCGGGAGCCCCUUCCCCGGGCACGGAGGCGGCUCGGCGCGCGCCCCCCUCGGGCUGCCUUUCCCAGGGCGCGCCGGAGGGGAGGAGCCGCGGCGGCGGCGGCGAGGGGGCAGGUCAGGCCGGGCAGCAAAAGCGGGCGGCGGCGGCGCGCAGGCGGCAGAGGCGGGAUGGAGGCGGCGCUGCUGGAGCGGCGGCUCCGCUGAGCGGCUCCGGCUCGGGGAUGAAGGCGAGCGCGGAGGCCGGGCAGCCGCAGCCGCAGGAGGGCGAGGCGCGCUGCCCGCGGGAGGGCGGCCGGAGCGAGGCGACGGAGGCGGAGCGGCUGCGCACCCGGGAGCGCCUGGAGGCCACCCUCGCCGGGCUGGCCGAGCUGGCCUUCCUCCGCCGCCGCCAGGAGCUGCGCGUCCGGCGCCUGCUGCUGGGGGUCUCGCCCGCCGCCUCCCCGCCGGCGCGGCCCGGCCCCGGGGAGCCGCCGCCGCCGCCGGGGGAUGGAGCCGGAGCCGGAGCCGGAGCGGCGGCGCGCAGCUUGGAGGAGAAGUUCCUGGAGGAGAACAUCUUGCUCCUGCGCCGGCAGCUGAACUGCUUGAGAAGGAGGGACGCUGGCUUGUUGAAUCAGCUCCAAGAACUGGACAAGCAGAUCAGCGACCUGAGGCUGGACGUUGAAAAAACGGCAGAGGAGCACCUGGAGAUGGACAGUCGUCCCAGCUCAGGGUUUUAUGAGCUGAGUGAUGGCGGGGCUUCCGGCUCCCUCUCCAACUCCUCCAACUCCGUUUUCAGCGAGUGUUUGUCCAGCUGUCCCUCCAGCGCCUGCUUCUGCAGCCCUUUGGACGCCUCCGUGAGCAGUUCGGACGGGCGGCCCAAAUCAACAGAUCUUAUUGGGUGGAUGGAACACAACAAAGGAAGUCAGCACGAAGACCAGUCUGUGGGAAUCGUCUCUCAUUCUCUGUCCACAACACAUUCGAAUUCGCUGGAGGUGGUCGCAGAUGUGCACCCGAAGUAUCAGUGUGACCUGGUGUCCAAAAAUGGGAAUGACGUGUAUCGUUACCCCAGUCCCUUACACGCGGUUGCCGUCCAGAGCCCCAUGUUCCUGUUGCCAGUAAUGAGUACCCCCCUACGAGAAGAGGAAGAUAAAGGUAUUGGCAAUGUUGACGACAUCUGUGUGGGGUCUGAGCUUGAUACAAAGACUGGCACAUCCAGUCAUCUGUCAGAUUCUCAGUCCGCAUCCGUUCCUGCGGCCACCAAAAAAAUGGAUGGAUACAUCUUGAGUCUAGUGCAGAAAAAGAUUCCUUCCGUGAGGACUAACAAACCGAGAACAAAUCUAAAUGCAGACCCCGCCAAAGGAAUUUUGAGACAUGGAAGUAUUUGUGCGCGGCAGGCGUCUGGCGUUACCCCUAACAAUGCAGUCCCUCUUAAGAAUUCUAUCCAGGUGUUCCCACGUUCUGCCGCAGCCUCCACCAUCUUGGAUAACGGCACCGUUUCCCCUUCAAAGCAACAUUUGCGAGAACUGAACAGUGAGCGCCCGGAGGCCAAAAAGAUUCCUUUGUCCAAUUCCCUCUCACCAAAUUCCAGCCAUGAACUUCAGAGCAAACCCUCGCUGAGGACUGUCAGGCCUCAAGAGGCAGUACGGUGUCCUGUGGUUAGCAAGGGUGAUGGGCCCCAGGAAGGCGGCCAAACCUUUGUGACAAAAGAAAGCCCUUUCCGACACACAGCGCCCUUGAAGGAAAACAAAGCCAUCCAGCUACCCAAAAAGAUACUGUUAAAAAGCAGUGGGGUGCAAGCAACUCAUUCUGUGUCACCUCCUCGUGAGACCAGGCCGUCUCUGGAUUUCAAAAGCGAGGGGUCUUCUUCUCAGAGCAUCGAGGAAGGGUUAUUGGUGAAUGCCCACUAUAUCCCGGCCCAACCACAACCAGUCAGACUUCACAAAAGCACCAGGAAUGUCAGAAUUCUCAAAAGCUCAAUGGUGAAACACAGGUCCCAUCUUGUCACGGUGCUGGAAAACAGCCCGCUGGCUGGGCGGGAGAAAGGCAAACCCGGUGUCAAAAAGUGCCGUUUCCCCAAUGACCUGGAUACAAAUAAGAAGCCGAAAAAGACAGCCUCAAGGGGAAAGAAAAACAGCCAUUUGCAGCCAGAGACCAACCUUCUGAGUCGGCCGCCUGGUGUUCUUAAAUCCACAACAAGACCCCACGGGCAUAGCAGAGAACCGGUUGUAGCCAAACCUAAGCACAAGAGAGCCGACUAUCGCCGCUGGAAACUGUCGGCGGAGGUGUCUUAUGAAGAAGCCCUUAAGAGGGCCAGAAGAAACCAGAGAGAAGGCCUCGGGGUCUACUCACAGGUCCCCCAUCCCUACGUCAGCCCUUAUGCCUAUGUCGCUAGUGACUCGGAGUAUUCGGCCGAGUGCGAAUCCCUCUUUCAUUCCACCGUCGUGGACACCAGUGAGGACGAAAGGAGUAAUUAUACCACGAACUGCUUUGGGGACAGCGAGUCAAGUUUGAGCGAGGUAGAGUUUGUUGGUGAGAGCACGACGACCAGCGACUCGGACGAGAGCGGGGGCCUCAUUUGGUCCCAGUUCGUCCAAACUCUCCCUCUCCAGACAGUCACCGCGACUGCAGAGCUCCACGAAAACGCCGCAAAAGCCUUUGUGAAGAUCAAAGCCUCUCAUAACCUGAAGAAGAAAAUCCUCCGCUUUCGGUCUGGCUCUCUCAAACUAAUGACUACUGUCUAAAUGCCUACUGGGAAUAGUAAAUAAUACACCCGUCACAUGGGCAAGGAUUGGGGUGGGGAGCGUGUGUGUAAAGGGAUGUCUGCACAAUGUUUUUGAUGGGCACAUUUCGGGACAAGGGAGACAUGCAAGCCGUGUUGGGUUCUGGAUCAGCGGGGGCCAUUCAUAGUGGCCCCUGUAAUAUGUGAGCUCUUUUAAUGCAGCUUCCAGCCUUCUUGGGUGCCCCACACCAAUAGCGUUGGCACAGUUGGCUCUUUGCUAGUCUUGUACCACUGGGAAGGGCACAAGCCUGUGGAGCUGGUCAGACCUCCUUGUCUCAAGAUCUUUGCUUUGAUCUUGUCUGGUAUAGUAGGAUUUGAGUCCAGUGGCGCCUUAGAGACCAACAAGACUUUCAGGGUGUAAAGUUUCGAGAGUCAAAGCUCCCUUCUUCAGAUAGCAUUGAUUCUCUAAAGCGCAUACCCUGAAAAUCUUGUCGGUCUUUAAGGUGCCCCUAGGCUCAACUGCUGUUCUACUGCAGAUCAACAAGGCUACCUACCUAAAACUGAUCUGGGAUAUUUCUCUCUCACUCUUUUGGCAAUUCACACACACAAAGGUCAGCCAUGAAAUACUAGCAGGUUAGCCACGCACACAUACCCUGCAGCUGUUUAAAUACGGCAAGCUGGAGCUUUUCGUUCUAGGUUGCCUCACUUGUGGGUUGGCGUGCCUGUUUGCCGCUCGAAACGGCAGCCUGGGUUGCUUGCCUACAAGUAGCUGGUCUCAAGUUUGGGGGAGACGUUCCCCGUGUCCAGACUCAAAGAAAUGUAGCAGGGAAGUUGUUUCCCUAAUGAGAUACUGACAGGAACAAAACAUGAUGCAGAACCCAAUUGAACCAUCCACGACCAAGUGGAAAUGGCACCUCCUUUUCUGCUACGUGCCGAGAUUUGUUCCAAGGUUUCUAGCUCACGAUACAUAUACUAUCCUGACCACACAGCGUGGCAGUGCUGGUCCCUUGUGGCACGAUGAGGGUUGAAAAGAGGAAAGAACGAACUCUUUUUUCCAGUUUACGAAAGCUUUCUUUCUAGUCUCCUGGACACACAACAAGCCGCCUUAUACCGAAUUAGACCUCUGGUCCACCAAAGUCAGUAUUAUCUACUCAGAGUGGCAGCGGUUCUCCAGGAUCUCAGGUGGAGGUCUUUCACAUCACCUCCUGCCCGAGCCUUUCAGCUGGAGACGCUAGAGAUUGAACCUUCUGCAUGUGAAGCAGAGGCUCUGCUGCUGAGCCACAGCUUCUCCCUGGAGUUGACUGACGCUCUCGCUAUAAGCAAUUGCUCAGGUGGUUGUAUAUCAACCAAGCGUAGCCUUGCAGAGCGGUGAACAAAAGCUUUGGUCUUUGCAAAACCUCUGCUUGUUUCUGGUGCUACUUCCCUGCCUCUCUUAUGUCUUACAAAUAUGCCAAAACAAAGCUCCCACGCAGACAUGCCCUGAGCAAGUGUGUAUGCGCUUCUGCGCACGUCUUACUUAAGCAUAACAAGGUGCUUCUUGUAAAUAACUUCCUAGAUUGUUGGGCGUCUUUUUUUUCUUCUUUGAAAAAUGCACAUAUUUAAAUCUUACCACGUUGCUUAAAUGAUGCCAUUUGAACCUCUGAAUUUGUGGGUGGCUACUAGUGCCUUUUAAGUGGGGAAACGAAGACCGCUGUGCUAGUUAUCAACAAAGGAAUAAUACCACCAGUCUUUACCUGGGACGACUUCAAAUGUAUAGCAGCAGACAAUUUUGCAAGAAAGGGUCAGUUAAACUCUUCUUUCGCCUGGGAUGGAUUAAAGGACAUUUGGACCAUACAAUAAACCAUGCACAAAUACUUUGAUGUGUAAAUAUUCUUUGCUACUUCUACACACAGAGGUAGAAACGUGCCGUUUCCAAACAGAGAGAACAAUGGGUGAUGGAUGGGCGGGGUGAAUAGAUGGCAGUCUGGUAUGCUUUACUGGUUUAUUUUUUACUGCAGCCCCACGGGCCACGAAAGCAGGAUCUCCUGUUUAAGAUCUUGUGUGAAGCCGCCUUUUACUGAGCCAGAAAACCAACUGGGAUCACAAUGUACAAACCCGAAGACAAACAGUCACUGUGAUUUACGGUUACCAGGGGUCAUUUCAUAGAAAAAGAGCUGGAGGAACUCAUUAGCAUAACCUAUUCACAUAACUCAUUAGCAUAUGCCACGCCCCUUGCCAUCACCAGAAGUGUGUCAUUAGCAUAACGGAUUUGCAUAUGCCACACCCCAUGACAUAACCUAUCCUGGCUGUUUUGGACCCAAUCCUGGCCAUUCAGGGCCAAAAAGGAGCCCCAAAUGGUCGGGAUCAGGCCACUGCUGAGUGGGAGAGUGAUCCACCACCCGUCAGAGGCCCAAUUUGGGCUGUUUCAGCCCCAAUCCAGGCUGAAACGGGCCCAAAAUGGCCGAGAGUCAGGUGGGUGGGGCCAUCUGACGUGACCUCUUUGGGGAACUGCCGGAACUGCGUUCCCCCUUGAAAUGAGCCCUGAUGAUUACUAUAUUUAUACUUAAUAAAAUUAUAUAUGGCUAUCCAAUGUAAGUGUACUGUAGGUAAGAGGUAUGUUUAUAGUGACAUAGCAUAUGCUCCUUUAGAAUACUAAGAUUCCAUCCAGCUGCGUGGUGUCCCAUGCGUUAUAAUGAUUUGGUUAAUUGCUGGGAGGUAACUUCUGAGAUCCGAUAAGAAUCACUUCUGAGGAAGGUCAGUUACAAAAUGGGCUUACAUCUAGAUGCUGGUCAAAGCUAUUCAGCAAUAUCACAAGGAUGGAACUUUUCUAAAUUUGUGAUACAGGAUCACCUUAUUCAUUGUGAUACUUUUUUUGUUAACUAUGUAAUAUGUAAGGAUUAUAUGCAAUUUUAUUAAGUAUAAAUAUCAGAGCCAUAAAUCACAGUGAUUGCUUAUCUUUGGGUUUCUACCGAGCCAGGGCACAGAUCUGUCUUUCUCAGUAUUUAUUGGCUGAUUCCGCACACGUUGGAUAAUGCACUUCCAAUCCUCUUUAGAGAUCAUUUGGAACUGAAUUUUUCGUGUGUGAAACAAAAAAUCCACUUCCAAACGAUUGCUAAAGUGCAUUGAAUGUGCAUUAUCCAACGUGUGCGGAAUCAGCCAUAGUCUCAGCUGGAGAUUUUCCCCAGCGUUGCCACCGGAGUUCCUUUUAAGUGGGAAUUGCGCCUGGGUGUUCUCUGUGCUUCGAGAUCUUAAUGGAAGGGAAGCGGUAUACGAAUCAGAUAAAUAAAUAAAAAAAUUCUACCGCUGAGCUAUGGACUCUUGAGUUGUGGCACUCAUCUUGUUAGUGUUCAGUGUAACCUGAGUAAGUGCUAUCGGAUAAGAACAAGAGACCAGUGCUAUGUAUCUUGUUAAUUCUUGAGAUCCUACAGAGGGGUGUGUAGUUUUCCCCUGAUGCUAGACAAUGGUACUGAAACAAAAACAUGCACAACUUUUAAAAAUUUGCCAAAAUUUCUGAGUUUGAGAGCCAAGCUACAAGUGACGAAUUACACUUGCCUGGCAAGUGAACAGA